UCUAAAGCUUCCCACUCAUUUUCUUGUCUUCGUAUAGAAUCAAAAAAAAAGUAACGACGAUGCAAAUAUACUAUAUAUUACAUAGGCUUCACCAGAUCAUCUCGAAUCUUAAUCACAUUAUUAAUACAAUUACAUAGAAGGAGCAAUUAAAUCUCUAUAUAUAAAAGGAAGCGUGUGUUUCGCCUUCUCUUUUCACCAUUUUCAGUUACUUUCUCUCUUUCAUCUUUUACCAUUCUCUUCUUCUUUUUUUUCUCUCAUUCUGAUCAUGGCUUCCUCUAUUUCCACUGGAGUGAAAUUUGUUCCAGAAGAAGAUAAUUUCUUGCAGAGACAUGUCGCUUUUUUCGAUAGGAACAAAGAUGGUAUCGUUUAUCCCUCGGAGACAUUUCAAGGAUUUAGAGCAAUUGGGUGUGGAUAUUUGUUGUCAGCAGUCGCUUCUGUGUUCAUAAACAUAGGUCUCAGCAGCAAAACUCGUCCGGGUAAAGGAUUCUCUAUCUGGUUUCCUAUAGAGGUUAAGAAUAUUCACCUUGCCAAACACGGAAGCGAUUCAGGCGUUUACGACAAAGAUGGACGGUUUGUUGCUUCGAAGUUUGAGGAGAUAUUUACGAAGCAUGCACACACACAUCGCGAUGCUUUGACCAACGAGGAACUCAAACAACUCCUAAAGGCAAACAAAGAACCUAAUGAUCGUAAAGGAUGGCUUGCAGGGUAUACGGAGUGGAAGGUAUUGCAUUAUUUGUGUAAAGACAAGAAUGGUUUGUUGCACAAAGACACAGUGAGAGCUGCCUACGAUGGUUCUCUUUUCGAAAAACUCGAGAAACAAAGAUCUUCUAAAACUUCUAAGAAACAUCCAUAAAUCCUUAUUUAAAUAUAAUCAAGCUCUCCUGCAUGCUUGUGGAUCUGUUUAUUUUUAAAACUAUUACUUCAAUGUUAUAGUGAAUAUUUAUGGUGUGAAGAUUGUAAUGAGUUUUAACAACAAUAAAAAAAACAUGUAAUGUGUUUAAUUUAUGUUAUUGUUUUUCGUGUAUUUGAUCAAUUACAUACUUGAUUCUAUUUCCAAUCAAAGAAGUAUAAUUAAAAUUGAAG